AUGGCACCGCGUAGGCGACCUUCGUCUAGAUCGACACGGGAUGGGACAAGUGACGUCCCUGAGCAAUCCGAGGCGAGCGGAGACCCGGUGCUCUGCGAGCAGAUGAGUACGCUCAUGGGCGUAGUGGUGCGACAGGAGGAGCAGAUCAAGGAGCUCCAUGAGUUGUUGGCACGACAGACUGCGGCGGCUGCGCCGGUAGCAGCACGUCGUGUACCGGCAGGAGUGGUGAUGGAUUCAGGGGUAGUGGCCUCUGAUUCUGUGGAAAUGGAGGCGGAGAAAGAGCGGGCUUUGACUGCCCUAAUGACCUUCAAGAAGAUUAUUUGGUUGCCAAUCAUCAUGUCUAAUCAAAAUGUGGAUGAAAAUAAUACUACGAAAAUUGUUGGGCCUAAUGAAAGUAUAAUAAAUAAGAAGGAAAAUGAAGAAGCCAAACAGAGUAAGAGAAGAUCUAAAGUAUGGGACGAGUUUAUGAUUGAAAAUACUCCAAAUGGUCCUAAGGCAAAAUGCAAUCAUUGCAAACAUUUAUUAUCAGCUGGUAGUAAAUCGGGGACAACUCAUCUUACUCGUCACUUAGAACAUGCUUGCAAUAAGCGACCGAAUAAGGAUAUUAGACAAAUGUUGCUAUCCAAUUCUGCAAGAGAUGAAAUUAAAUGUUUUACAUUUAAUCUGGAACACAGUCGGAGGCUGUUUGCAAAGUUGAUUAUUUACGGUGAACUUUCAUUUCUUUUUGCGGAGAAUCCGGUUCUUACCGAGUGGAUCAAAUCUCUUCAACCAUUAUAUAAUAUUGUAGGAAGGAAGACGGUUAAAAAAGAUUGUCUUGCUUACUACGAAAGUGAGAAGAAAAAGAUACAGAAUAGUCUUCAAAAAUUAACUUCUUGUGUGUGCUUCACAACUGAUUUAUGGACAUCAAAUCAAAAGCUUGGUUAUAUGGUCAUUACAGCACAUUAUAUCGAUGAUGGUUUCAUCUUAAACAAAAGAAUUAUUAGCUUUAAGAAACUAGCAUAUCCUCACACAAGUUUUGUUAUCGAAGAUGCAUUAGAAAAAUGCAUAUAUGAUUGGGAUCUUGAUGAAAAGGUGCUUGCAAUUACUUUGGAUAAUUGUAGCACCAAUGACUCUAUGAUUAGAAGGUUUAGAGAUAAAUUUACUCACAAAUUGAGGUUUAAUGGUGACCAUGUUCACAUAAGAUGUUGUGCGCAUAUCUUAAAUAUUAUGGUGCAAGAUGGAAUGAGGAUAAUUCGAGAUGCUAUUGAGAAUAUUAGGGAGAUCAUUAGAUAUGUCACAGUAACACCUUCUAGAAUGCAAGUAUUUAAUGACAUGGCAAAACAAAUGAGACUUCCUCCAAAAAAAGGAUUUGCCCUUGAUGUUGCUACGAGAUGGAAUUCCACAUUUUAUAUGCUUCGUGAUGCAUUAUCUUAUAAAGAUGUUCUUAACAGAUAUGCAAGCGAGUAUUAUAAUAAUUGCCCUUCUAGUGAGGAAUGGAAGAAAAUUGAAACAAUUUCAAAAUUUUUAGAGUCAUUUCAGGAUGCAACCAAAGUCUUCUCUGGAACCAAGUACCCAACUGCCAAUUUGUACUUUAAAGAAGUGUGGGAAAUUCGUACUGUAUUAUCGGAUGGGAAGCUUGCUACUGACGAAACAAUAAAGCAAUUGACAAUUGAAAUGCAAAAAAAAUUUAAUAAGUAUUGGUCUGAAUGCAACAAAAUGUUGUUAAUUGCAUCAAUUCUAGAUCCACGAAUGAAGUUGAUUUUUUUGGAAUGUUGUUUUAAGGAGGUUUAUGAUGAGGAGGAGAGCACUUUAAAAAUUGGUGAGAUUUAUGAAACUCUUGCCACCUUCUACACUAUUUAUGCGAAUAAAAGAAAUAGCCAAUUUUCUAAAAUUUCAGCUGAGAAUAUUAGUACAAAACAUGAUGGCACUUCAUGUGACGCAACUGAUUCAAGCAAAAGAAAGUUAGUGGAUAUAAAGUUUUCUGAAUAUAAAAGGCAACUUGUUGAACGUCCAAAGAGCUCAGAAUUGGAUAAAUAUUUAGAAGAAGAUGUGAUGGAUAUAAAGAAUAUGCAUUUUGAUAUUUUGGAUUGGUGGAAGAAUAACACAUUAUACUACCCAGUACUUUCAAGAAUGGCACGAGACAUUUUAGCAAUUCCAGUUACAACUGUUUCAUCGAAAUCAGCUUUUAGUACAAGUGGCAGAAUUAUAGAUCAGUUUCGCAGCUCAAUGAAUCCGGAAAUAGUUGAAGCAUUAGUUUGCUCGAAAGAUUGGAUAAGUACUGAAUACCAAAAUGAUCCUUCGACUUCAACAUUUUUUGAUUCUAAUGAUGAGUGA